UCUCCUCAUCUCAGUCCUGCUGAGGUGAUCUCGGAUUUUGAGUCUGUGAUCCCUGGUUCAACUACCCAGCCAGGAGAAACAUCAUUCCUGCCCCUACCCUGUAAAUACCCUGUGAGACUGUGUCUGUCUCAAUCAGGAGGCUUCUCCAUGUGAACCUUGUGUUAACGAAAUUGGUGGCAGUUCUUUCAGACCAGCAGCUUUGACCACAAGAACACCAGACAGUUGUCAGCACGGAAUGUCCUGCAGUUACUGCAGGAGAAGGACUGGAUGGACACAGUGGAGAGGUUCCCUGAGCAGACAGCCCAGACCAUCUGGCAGAAUGCCUCAUCACCAGAUCUCACCAACAGGCACCAAGACCUCACCUGUCUGGAGACGAGAGGGCCCCUCCCAGUCUGAUCCUUGCUGCAUGCCCGGAGUCACUCCCACAGCGCACUGCCCCGAGAUUACUGCAGUGGAGACGAGAGGGCCCCUCCCAGUCUGAUCCUUGCUGCAUGCCCGGAGAUCACUCCCACAGCGUGCUGCCCCGAGAUUACUGCCGUGGAGACGAGAAGGCCCCUCCCAGUCUGAUCCUUGCUGCAUGCCCGGAGUCACUCCCACAGCGUGCUGCUCCGAGAUUACUGCAGUGGAGACGAGACGGUCACUCACCUCUUUGUGGACAGUGGGCUGGCGAAAAUCUGUGGAGAGAGAUGCAAGGGCCUGUGCCACAGCAGCUGCGUGACAGAAGGCUCACUGAUCUUCGGGCUGUUCCCAGGAUCCAAAGAAAAUCGGACAGCGAGUGCUGCUGGAAGAUCAUCAGCUCGGGGAAAGACACUCUAAACUUUUUGGCCUGCCAUCACACCGAGAUGUCCGGAGAGCAGGGGUUCCCAACCUGGGGUUCACGGUUACUGGUAUUGGUCUUUGGCACAAAAAAAGUUUCGGAACUGCUUUCGUACAGGAAUGCUGCCGACUGACACAUUCCAGUCUAUAGGGACACCAUUGGAUAUACAGGGAUUCUCUACACAGGACAGGGAGUGGCCGGGUUGGCUGAGGAAUCCUCAAGGUUAUUGUAGUAGUGAACCACCCCAGGGGGGCAGACGGCUUCUCCUUUCAGCGCAGGACUUCAAUCGUCUUCCAGGGGAAGGUCCUUCCGACCGCAGGGAUGGGGCCUUUUGAGAUUCAGCUGACGUUUUUGUCGCUCUAGGUUGUUAAUAGAUGGGUUUGCAAGCCAUAUGGCCAUCUCUCCUCCGCUCGUAGCCAGGCUUAGACAGACCAUGUCCACGUUUUCUUAUCUGUUGCACUUUUAAUGUCUUUUUGAUCCCACAUUAACCAAAAUUUCCACUGAACACAUCCAGCAUCAGAAUCUGCAGCUCUCGUAGUGGACAAUCGCGGUACUACAAUCGCAGGGGUUCAGCAGAUCCCCGAAAGUGAAAGCAUUCUGAAUCAGGAAGUGCCGGGAGUUAACAUGGCUUCGAAAAGAAAGGCCGAGAGUUGGACCGAGGAGGUAUUUUGUUCCAUCUGCCUGGAUUUCUUCACCGAUCCGGUUAUUCUGGAGUGUGGACACAACUUCUGUCGCUCUUGUAUCACACAGUGUUGGGAAAGGGAGCAGAGAAACUCCUGCCCGGAAUGUAGAGAGGAGUUUGCUGACCGCACCCUCAGGGUGAAUCGGGCCUUAGCAAAUCUGGCUGAAAAAGCUCGAAAUCUAAACCUGAAUCCGAAAGGGAAGGAAAGUAAACUUCACUGCGAGGAACAUGAGGAAGAACUGAAGUUGUUUUGUGAAACGGACAAGACACUGAUCUGUGUGAUCUGUGCAGUUGCGCAGAAACACAGAGAACACCGCUUCAUGACGAUUAAAGAAGCUGUUAAAAUCUACAAGGUUCAGAUAAAAUCUUCCUUAGACUCUCUCACAAAAAAGAAAUCAGACUUCCAGGAAAAGGAGCAGCAACAGAAAGAGAAGAUUUCCGGAGUUCGGGAACAGUCACACAGCCUUCAGUCCCACAUCACAUCCCAGUUUGCUGACCUGCACCAGAUUAUCACUGAGAAAGAGCAGAGCUUACUCAGGGAUCUCAGGGAAGAAGAGAAGAGGAUUCUUAACACAAUGGAGAAAAACCUUCUUAAGAUUCAAGAGAAUAUAAGGUUUAUUCAGGAGGAAAUCACUAAGUUAAAGGAACAGAUGGAUCGUAAAGACGGUGUGAUAUUUCUGAAGCUCCAUGUACCUGUGUGGGAGUCUCUUGAAAGACCGUAUCGCAUCCGCCUCCACCUUCGUUGCCGGCAGCUCAUUCCACCCAUUUCAAACACUUACCCGACAUCGCCUCCGUACUACUUCCAAGCACCUGUGUCCUCUCGUGUUCGCCAUAAUGAGGAGGAAGCUCGUCGGAACAGAAGAAUCAGUUACGAUCUCCAGGAAUUGUCAGUGACAGAUGAGGCCCUACCGGUUGAAAAAUUCGAUCACCUCUAUUUGUUGAACACAGUGCUGAGAGAAACGCUUGAUGCUAUUAAUCGAGUCUCUGUCACUCUGGAUGUGGAAACGGCGAAUCCGUGUCUCGAGGUGUCUGAGAAUCGGAGGAGUGUGAGACGGACCGGGACCCGGAGAAAUCUUCCUAAUACCGGGAAGAGAUUCACACACUGGGCUUGUGUGCUGGGAUCGGAGGGAUUCACAUCGGGGAGACAUUACUGGGAGGUGGAGGUGACGGGGAAUCGGGACUGGUGUCUGGGGGUCGCCGCAGAGUCUGUGGAGAGGAAAGGAGGGGUCAGUCUGAGUCCGGAGACCGGAUUCUGGGUCAUCAGGCGGGUUGAUGACGUGUUACAUCGGGAUUGUGACGUGUCCGCUGUUAAUUGCUGGAUGUUACAUCGGCAUGAUGACGAGUCCCGUCUCCCUGCCGGUCCCAUCCCCGGGAGGGUGGGAGUUUAUCUCAGUUACGAGUCCGGGAUAGUUUCAUUUUACAACGCGGAGACCAAGUCCCAUCUCCACACCUUCACUGGGAAUAAAUUCACGGGGAAACUUUAUCCUUUCUUCGUGACCUGGGAUGUAAACCAGUGGCUGAGAAUCUGCUCCGGUUCCGUUCCUGGUGUGUAAACGGGUCGGGUCCCGGGACCGGCGUAAGGAGUAAAGUCCCUGUAAAUAUAAAUGUGCGGAGAGUGCAGCUAAAUACGUGGCUAAGGAGAUGUGGCAGGAGGGAGGGCUUCAUGUUUCUGGACAAUUGGGCUUUGUUCCCUGGAAGUUGGGACCUGUUCCGACGGGACGGUUUGCCCCUGAACUGGAGGGGGACUAACAUCCCUGCGGGUAGAUUUGCCAGUGCUGCUGGUGGGGGGGGGGUGGUAAAAGAGAUUUGCAGAGGAAGGGGAACAAGACUGUUAGAGCAGAUAGUGAAGUGGAGGAGGAUAAAGUUCAUGCGAGGACCGCAUGUAUAGACAGAAAUAAAAGGUUUGUACAUUAGGUUGAUAAUUAAUUUUCAGAGCUUUAGAAAUUGUAGAAAAUAGAGAUUUCCAAACAGAUUUUGAUGAAGAUCAUGACCAGAACAUAUGUGAAAAAGUGGCUACUUUAGUUUUAUUACUAUCGCAGUAAUUGUGUAUGAUAUUUUGGAUAGUCUCUCCUUUGUUAAAUAGUAACAGUGAACAAUUUUAAAUUGAAUUAAACACAGAUUGGCACAUAUCAAAGAAGAAUUGACCAUCUUCAUUAACAAAGGUCAUAUUAAGUUCUCUCUCCCAAACUUGUUUAAUUUUUAGUGAUUAAGGGGAUCUGUAUUUUUUGCAGAUUUAUUUAUUUUUAUUUUCAUUUAUUUUGUGAUGGUCGAUUGAUGACUUUUUAAGAGAUAAUUAGAUAUUCUCUCUCUCAUACACACUUACUGCAAUAUCUUCAGGUCCGACAUUUUUACAAAAAUAAUUAUCCAAGUUUCCAUAGUUGCAAGAAUCUGAUUUGUUGGAUACUAUUUUGAAUAUGAAUCCUUUAGUAAGAGAAUUUCUAAUUCUCAU